ACUUCUCGGCCUUCUGACUUACGCGGAGCGAGCGCUGAAAGAGCGAUCGAUGUGCAAAGAGGGAAAAUCGAAGCAGUGAAGCUUGAACCUGCGAGGACGAAUUGAACACCAGCCGCGCCGCCGCCCGCCCACCUGCGUCGUCCGCCGUCCCUGCUUCUUAUCUGGACUUAGGCAGUCCGCCUUGGCCUCCCUCCAGGACUCCAGCCUCCAGUUGCUGAUUUAGUCCGAUAUACGUUAGCAGAUCUUGAAAUGGCGACCUUCGAGCUUUAUAGGAGAUCAACGAUUGGUAUGUGCUUGACGGAGACGCUAGAUGAGAUGGUAUCCAGUGGCAUCCUUAGCCCGGAGCUUGCCAUCCAAGUCCUUGUUCAGUUCGACAAGUCCAUGACUGAAGCUUUGGAGUCUCAAGUGAAGAACAAGGUCUCCGUCAAGGGGCAUCUUCACACAUAUCGGUUCUGUGACAAUGUUUGGACUUUUAUCUUACAAGAUGCUGUGUUCAAGAGUGAUGAAUGCCAGGAGACUGUUGGACACGUUAAGAUUGUGGCAUGUGAUUCAAAGCUUCUCUCCCAGUAGUGAGAUACGUUUGCAAAUGACGAAAAAGAAAACCAUUAAACAGAGUUUUUCAGUUCUGUUGUUUCAUAGAAAUUCGAUACUACUAAUGAAGAAAUAUGAAAAGCUGGGGGUUUCAUCUUUUGGCCAUAUUUCCCAGGCCAGGGAUGAAAUUGCAAUACCUUUCUGUGUCAACCUCGCAAGCCUCUACAAUGUUAACUUCACUUCAUUCCGCCAUAGUCUCCUUUUGUCCCUUUGUACUAUAUGGCUUAGUUCAAGUGUAUCAUCCCAUGCUUUGGCGUGCUGAAUUCUGAACCAUUCGCCUUAUUUCAUGUAUUUAUUCUCUAUUUUAAUGAGUGGAUGAUUGCCAUUUCAAGUUAAUCGUUUCCCGGACUUGAAUUAGUGUCUGGAUUUUAGUUUGUCUGACAUAUUUGCUAUCAGGUAAACUUUGUAAAUGUCAGUUGAUACAUAAUGUAAUUGGAACUGAUAUCAUAUUUCUCCGAGCUUUACAUUUAUUUCUAUAUUUUAACUUUCAAAAUCCGAACUAUGUAAAACAAAUAUUGUAUCGACUGACCUGAUAUUUUAAUGGUAUUUAUUAUCACAA